GUUUCCGGUAUCAACACAAUGGUGAACAACUUGUCAGUGGCAGUCCUUAUACUCAGUUUAAAGAUUUUCUCUCCACAAAAAAAAGUAUUUUUUUAUGACAGGAGGAAUUCUUGUGGAGUUUCGAUGAAAUUAUUUUCUUUUAAUCUAACAUACGUGUUGCGAGAUGAAGGUGAUCCAGCACUCUGUGGAGACCCUGCAAACAGCUUUGAUCUCUAAUCGUCAGGACUUGGUUACACUUUAUAACAAGUACACUAAGAAUGAGCGGCAUCUUCUAGAGGAGGGAUUCCACUCAGGGCAGCCAGGUUCCCUUUUCCAGCCCAUUACUGUGCACUCUGACUCUGACUGGAUCCCUGCUCAUCCCGAAGAGCCUCAAGACUUUGAGAGCUUCUACAGAGACCUUUACCGCAAAACUCCUGAUGCAAGCCUCCAUACUAUUUAUAUUCAAACCAUAGGUUCGUUUGGGGAGGUAGGCUCUCAGACAGACCAGUACGUGGAGUGGCUCAGAGACUACUGCCAGGUGUUCUUCUAUGGGCUCUCUGUCAAGCUGCUGCCAGCAGUUACUGUGGCUGAAACCAGAUGUUCUUUCAGGAUUAACAGUAACUCACACAACAUUCAGAUCCGUACCCGUGACCUGCUUCGAUUCCUGGAGGAAAGGAAACCCAAAGAUGCUUUCUGUAUUGUCGGACUGACCAUGAUUGACCUUUACCCCAAGGACUCCUGGAACUUUGUCUUUGGGGAGGCUUCUCUCAGUAUGGGAAUGGGUGUUUUCAGCUUUGCCAGGUAUGAUGACAACUUCUACAGUAGAAGUUACGCCGGUAGGCUGCAGAAACAACUUCAGCCAAAGCAGGGGGACUACUCUGUGUUUGAUGACUACUACACUCCCCCCAUCAGCAGCACUCUGCUCCUUCGAUCCUGCAAGACCAUGACCCAUGAAAUUGGCCACAUGUUUGGCAUACAACAUUGCCAGUGGUUAAACUGUGUCAUGCAGGGCUCCAACCACCUUGAGGAGUCUGAUCGGCGACCCCUGGAUUUCUGUCCUGUCUGCCUUCGUAAGAUACAAGUCGCAAUCGGCUUCAAAAUAGCUGAAAGAUACCAGGCCUUACUGCAGUGGAUGGAGGAGAAUCAGAGUCAAACAUCCUGUCAGUCUGUGCCCCUCUUUCCCAAACCAACUGAAACUUUUCACACAUCCAAAUUGUGGCUACGCAGAUGCUUAGACAUACUGCAAAGUACAUGAACUACAGGAAUAAGCCUGGGUUAUAAUGGGAUUUCAGUAUUUGUUUCUUUCCUCAAAAAGACAAACCCACGUUUGUUUAUAAACUACUUGUGUUUUAAUCAGAGUGGUAAUGGGCACUCCUAUGGGAGAGGAGAUCCCUUUUGGAGGGAGUAUCAUAUUUAUAUUGAGUAGUAUCUGUUUAAAGCUCCUGUGAGGAGUUUCUCGCUGGUUGUGGAGCAGACUUAAAUUCACAUAAAUGUCUCAAUAUAAUCUACACAAGCAAACAGUAAUAAGUUUCAGAAUUUCUAUAUCAUGGUUAUUAAUUAACUAUUAACCACUGGUGGGGGUAGAUGUCAGAAAGCUGAGUGACUGCAUGCUGCCUUUAACAUUUUCAAUAGCAGAGAUCCACGGUAGGUAUAUUUCACAGUUUAAAAAAAAGCAGGAUGAGUUAAAAAAUAAUAAUCUGCUUAUACAUGUAAAGGACAAAAUCAACAGAUAUAUAACAGGUACUAGUGUGUCCAUAUAGGGGGCACCAUAACAACACACACAAAGUUUUUCACAGUAGCUUUAACAUGUCAGUCAAAAGCACUUCAGACAAACCGUGUUACCAGCAAAAACUGGACAGUAAAGUUACUUUUUUUUGUCUGAGUGAAAGAAGUAUCAGGAACACAAGAUAUAUUUUAAUAUGGAAGGUGAAAUGUUUUCAUUGCAGUAUGAUGCCUAUGAGUGUUUUUAAUGAGACAUAAAAUCUUUGUCCUAAUUUGAAUGAAAUGAUAAACUGCAAAUACAAGAGCAGUUGAAAAGUUGCCUUAAUCUUGAGGAUUAUAAAAAAAAAAACGCAUGGCACUCUUUUAAAGGUUCAUGUCACUCUUUUAAUUGUGAUUGAAUAUUUUUAUUACAAAAAUAGUUUGAGUCUGACAUCUGAUAACAAAGAAUAAUGCACUGUCUGUAUAACAAAAGCUUCAUGAAAAAAAUAUACUUUCAAUCACGUGUGAUCACCUGAGCUUCUAAUUUCUGUAACAUGUGUUACAUCAUUUGUGUGAUUUGUAGUUCUUGCGGCUACAUUUGCAUCAUAGUUUCUGCUGAUCAUUACAGUAUUGAUGCCCAGAAGGUAAUUAGUUGAUCAAGUGUCAGUGUUAUAUUCUGGAAUAGCUAAAACCAAAGCAGCUCUGUUGACAGUGGAUCACUUGUGGUCAAUAAAGAACAUAUCCAUAUUCACCCCCCAA